ACGGCCAACAAAUCACAAAGCACAACGACCAUGGUUCUUGUUGUUCUCUCCUCCUCGAAGCUGCAUAGCGCUUUCUGGUUUUGCGCUCCCUGUUACCGAAACAACCAAGCACACCGCAAUGUUAAUAUCAUAAAGUGCGCCAACAAGAGAACCGGAAAACAACGGUACCCAUCAGAGAAGAAAAAGAUGAAAUCUAAGCACAAAGACCUUUUGUCUACUUAUUCUAAUGAUAAUACCAAAUUUGAGGGUACAUGGAGACUAUCUAACCUUGCUGUUCCACUCGAUCAAGACCCUGGUAAAGACUUUCUACAAGUUUCCGAUGCACUUCUUCAAGAAAUCGCUAAACUUCUUAAGUUUCCGGUUGCUUCCAUGUUGCCGCGAGAACCGUUCUCGGUUGUUAGAAAAUCGUUUGAUGCUAGGAAGUUUCUGUCAUUGUUGCACUUGCAUCCUCUUACAUUGUUUUGCUGAUGGUUUUUAUAAAUUAAUAAAGGAGCCCAAAUUUGUGCAUACUGUGGAAAUGGAUGUCCAGAAACUCCUCAGCCUCGAGCCUCGUUCUUGGGACUUUAUUUCUGAGCUGCAACCUAAAGUUGGCCUUGUAGAACGUGUGCAAGACGGAGGAGAUUUUGGCGAUCUGAUGAGUAUUAUACGAGACUGUAAAGAAAAUAAGGAAGGUGUAGCGGAAGGGGAAAAUGGACACAACAUCCUCUCAAAAGAGCUGUAUAAAACGCUGGAUACCAGAAAGCCAAAAAUUGCUGUAGUGGGUAGUGGGCCUUCUGGCCUAUUUGCUGCUCUUGUUCUUGGAGAGCUUGGUGCAGAUGUCACCCUAAUAGAAAGAGGUCAACCAGUUGAACAGAGGGGGCGUGAUAUUGGUGCUCUUGUAGUUCGGAAAAUUUUAGAAUUGGAGAGUAAUUUCUGCUUUGGAGAGGGUGGUGCAGGUACUUGGAGUGAUGGAAAGUUGGUAACUAGAAUUGGGCGCAAUAGUGGCAGUGUCAUUGCGGUUAUGAAAACUCUAGUGCAGUUUGGAGCUACAAAACAGAUAUUGAUUGAUGGAAAGCCUCACUUAGGAACAGAUAGGUUGGUUCCGUUACUUCGCAACUUCAGGCAACAUCUGCAGGAUUUGGGUGUAACCAUAAAGUUUGGAACAAGAGUAGACGAUCUACAUAUAGAAGACGGGCGUGUUCUUGGGGUGAUGGUAUCCGAAUCAGCUGAUGAGUACCGUUUAAGAAGCCAGAAGUUGGAAUAUGAUGCAGUAAUUCUGGCAGUUGGUCAUUCUGCUCGUGAUAUAUAUCAAAUGCUUCUUACCCACAAUGUGGAAUUGGUACCCAAAGAUUUUGCUCAGGUAGGGCUACGGAUUGAGCACCCUCAAGAGCUAAUAAACAAAAUACAGUAUGCUGAACUGGCAUCUGAAGUUUCUCAUGGACGUGGUAAAGUCCCAGUGGCAGAUUACAAAGUUGCAAAUUAUAUUGACAAGGGCGAUUUCAAUGAACCAUCAGAUUCAAUGGUAGAAAAUCGUAGUUGCUACUCUUUUUGCAUGUGUCCCGGUGGGCAGGUUGUUCUCACAAGUACAAGUCCAUCCGAGAUAUGCAUCAAUGGCAUGUCAUUUUCUCGGCGAGCAUCUAGGUGGGCAAAUGCUGCACUUGUAGUGUCAGUCACAAAGAAUGAUUUUGAAGCUUUGAAUUAUUACGGUCCUCUUGCUGGUGUUGAAUUUCAGAGAGAGUUUGAACGAAGAGCUGCUACGAUGGGAGGAGGAAAUUUUGUAGUGCCUGUUCAGACGGUUCCAGACUUUCUUGAGAAUAAGUUGUCAGGUACAUCGGUUCCACUGUCAAGUUAUCGUUUGGGUGUGAAAGCAUCAAAUCUUAAUGAGUUAUUUCCUACACACAUAAUUGAAGCUCUGAAGCAUUCACUUGUAACGUUUGACAAGGAGUUACCAGGGUUUAUCUGCAACGAGGCUCUCCUUCAUGGUGUAGAGACUAGGACCAGUUCCCCAAUCCAGAUUCCUCGUGAUGCUGACUCUUAUGAAAGCACUUCUGUAAAAGGACUAUAUCCAGUUGGCGAAGGAGCAGGUUAUGCUGGUGGUAUAAUUAGUGCCGCAGUAGAUGGAAUGCAUGCCGGUUUUGCUGUGGCAAAGAAAUUCAACUUAUUUCAUGAAGAUAUUAAGUCUGUUCUGGGCAAGGCUCAUAAUGCUGGACUCGUCAAGUACUAGUAAAAUCAGUUUUCUUCAUAGUUUCACAGGUACGAAAAUCAGUAGAUAGUGAAGAGAUUUUGCAUCCCAGUUACACUGCAGAAUAUUUGAGCUAACAAAGUUGUCUUCUAGGGUGAUGCUCUGAGACUGGCUUGAGCACUUUCAAACUUCAUUCCUGUUGCUGCCUUUUCCCCUAUGAUCACAGAAUAGCAUACCAGAUCCAGAUGCUGCUUUUCGAGGUUGAAGUAAGGACCUCUAAAUCUGGCAGCUGCAAUUUUGGAUGAUGAUGAGAAACAUGUAUGUAGCUACCGAUACUAUCUGGAAAUAGAAAGUAGAACUUGCUAAAAUGUAUUUGGGGACUGUGGCAACACUAAACCCUAAUUGCAUGGUAAUGUUUUCUGUAAAGCACAUUCAUUUUUUAAAUUGACAAGAAAUGCUUAGAACUCUUUCA